AUCCAAUUUAUUUGUCUUUGAGGUUUAAGCAUCCGUAAUAAAACCACUACUAAUAGCGUAUUAUAUUUUAGUGACGCCGUGAGGAGCUUAAUAUUCAUUAUCCAGAUCGACUCAUAAACACGUGAUGUCGGACGUUGAUACCGAUGAUGUCCCUUCAGCGGCACCCGUUGCCGGAGGAAUGGACAUAAACACUGCUCUUCAAGAAGUUCUGAAAACUGCGUUAACUAGUGGAACGCUAGCGCAUGGUCUUCACGAAGCGGCAAAAGCACUAGACAAGCGACAGGCACUGCUGUGUGUUCUCGCUGAAAAUUGUGAUGAACCCAUGUAUAAGAAACUGGUUCAAGCCCUAUGUAAUGAACACCAGAUUCCUCUUAUCAAAGUGGAUAACAACAAGAAGCUGGGUGAAUGGGCUGGGCUUUGCAAAAUAGACAGUUCUGGGAAAGCGCGAAAAGUUGUUGGAUGUUCCUGUGUUGUUGUGAAGGAUUACGGCGAAGAGACUCAAGCAUAUGAUGUCCUGAAAGAAUAUCUUAAGCAAACAAGAGAACCAUAAAAUAUUUUUU